AUUAUCGAAAUCAGUUGGUCUUUGAAUGUCGCGCGAAUAAUACGAAUAACGGAAAAAUGCGCUUAGCUAAUUUGUUGUUGCUUCUGCUCAUACUCGGUAUGAUUAGCAACUCAUUGGCUAAAGUUUGUAAAGUGAAUAAUGGUACACAAGAAAUUCGUGUGUGUUGUCCGGGAUACGAUAGAGUGAAGAAUAGGUGCAUACCUAUCUGCCCACUAGGCUGUUUAAAUGGUAGGUGCACCAAACCGAAUGUGUGUGAGUGCAACAAAGGCUAUAAAAAACAUAAUGAUCAUCGUUGCGUACCCAUAUGCGAUAACUGUACGAACGGCAACUGUAUUGGACCGAAUAACUGCAAAUGCAUUACCGAUUAUGUGCAAAAUGGGUCUGGCGACUGUGUGCCCGUCUGUAAUUUAGACUGCAAGAACGGUGAAUGCAUUGCGCCCAAUAAAUGUAGGUGCCCACAGGGCUAUCGUGCAAAUGAAAACGGUGGCUGUGAUCCCAUUUGCUCAAGCGGCUGUUCGAAUGGUCGGUGCGUCGCUCCUGAGACCUGUGACUGCCUCAAAGGAUAUUCACUGAACGCUUCAUAUAUAUGUGACCCGGUUUGUUCAAGCGGAUGUGCGAAUGGUCGGUGCGUCGCUCCUGAGACCUGUGACUGCAACAAAGGAUAUUCACUGAACAGUACAAAUAUAUGUGACCCGGUUUGUUCAAGCGGAUGUCCGAAUGGUCGGUGCGUCGCUCCUGAGACCUGUGACUGCAAUAAAGGAUAUACACUGAACAGUACAAAUAUAUGUGACCCGGUUUGUUCAAGCGGAUGUCCGAAUGGUCGGUGCGUCGCUCCUGACACCUGUGACUGCAAUAAAGGAUAUACACUGAACAGUACAAAUAUAUGUGACCCGGUUUGUUCAAGCGGAUGUCCGAAUGGUCGGUGCGUCGCUCCUGAGACCUGUGACUGCAAUAAAGGAUAUACACUGAACAGUACAAAUAUAUGUGACCCGGUUUGCUCAAACGGAUGUCCCAAUGGUCGGUGCGUCUCUCCUGAGACCUGUGACUGCCUCAAAGGAUAUUCACUGAACGCUUCAAAUAUAUGUGACCCGGUUUGUUCAAGCGGAUGUCCGAAUGGUCGGUGCGUCGCUCCUGAGACCUGUGACUGCAACAAAGGAUAUUCACUAAACAGUACAAAUAUAUGUGACCCGAUUUGUUCAAGCGGAUGUCCGAAUGGUCGGUGCGUCGCUCCUGAGACCUGUGAGUGCAACAAAGGGUAUUCGCAGAACGCUCCAAAUAUAUGUGACCCGGUUUGCUCAAGCAGAUGUCCGAAUGGGCGGUGCGUCGCUCCUGAGACCUGUGACUGCAACAAAGCAUAUUCACUCAGCGCUCUAAAUACAUGUGACCCGGUUUGUUCAAGCAGAUGUCCGAAUGGGCGGUGCGUCGCUCCUGAGACCUGUGACUGCCUCAAAGGAUAUUCACUGAACGCUUCAAAUAUAUGUGACCCGGUUUGUUCAAGCGGAUGUCCGAAUGGUCGGUGCGUCGCUCCUGAGACCUGUGACUGCAACAAAGGAUAUUCACUAAACAGUACAAAUAUAUGUGACCCGAUUUGUUCAAGCGGAUGUCCGAAUGGUCGGUGCGUCGCUCCUGAGACCUGUGAGUGCCUCAAAGGAUAUUCACUGAACGCUUCAAAUAUAUGUGACCCGGUUUGUUCAAGCGGAUGUCCGAAUGGCCGGUGCGUCGCUCCUGCGACCUGUGACUGCAACAAAGGAUAUUCACUGAAUAGUACAAAUAUAUGUGACCCGGUUUGCUCAAACGGAUGUCCCAAUGGUCGGUGCGUCUCUCCUGAGACCUGCGACUGCAACAAAGGAUAUUCACUGAACGCUUCAAAUAUAUGUGACCCGGUUUGCUCAAACGGAUGUCCCAAUGGUCGGUGCGUCGCUCCUGAUUCCUGUGAUUGCAACGAAGGAUAUUCACAGAACGCUCCAAAUAUAUGUGACCCGGUUUGCUCAAGCGGAUGUCCGAAUGGUCGGUGCGUCGCUCCUGAGGCCUGCGACUGCAACAACGGAUAUUCACUCAGCGCUCCAAAUACAUGUAACCCGGUUUGCUCAAGCGGAUGUCCGAAUGGUCGGUGCGUCGCUCCUGAGACCUGUGAGUGCAACGAAGGGUAUUCACACAACGCUACAAAUAUAUGUGACCCGGUUUGCUCAAGCGGAUGUCCGAAUGGUCGGUGCGUCGCUCCUGAGACCUGUGAGUGCAACAAAGGGUAUUCACAGAACGCUCCAAAUAUAUGUGACCCGGUUUGCUCAAGCAGAUGUCCGAAUGAGCGGUGCGUCGCUCCUGAGACCUGUGACUGCAACAAAGCAUAUUCACUCAGCGCUCUAAAUACAUGUGACCCGGUUUGUUCAAGCGGAUGUCCGAAUGGUCGUUGCGACGCUCCUGAGACCUGUAACUGCAACGAAGGAUAUUCACUGAACGUUACAAAUAUAUGUGACCCGGUUUGCUCAAACGGAUGUCCCAAUGGUCGGUGCGUCUCUCCUGAGACCUGUGACUGCAACAAAGGAUAUUCACUGAACGCUUCAAAUAUAUGUGACCCGGUUUGUUCUAGCGGAUGUCCGAAUGGUCGGUGCGUCGCUCCUGAGACCUGUGAGUGCAACAAAGGGUAUUCGCAGAACGCUCCAAAUAUAUGUGACCCGGUUUGCUCAAGCAGAUGUCCGAAUGGUCGGUGCGUCGCUCCUGAGACCUGUGAGUGCAACAAAGGGUAUUCGCAGAACGCUCCAAAUAUAUGCGACCCAGUUUGCUCAAGCGGAUGUCCGAACGGUCGGUGCGUCGCUCCUGAGACCUGUGACUGCCUCAAAGGAUAUUCACUGAACGCUUCAAAUAUAUGUGACCCGGUUUGUUCAAGCGGAUGUCCGAAUGGUCGGUGCGUCGCUCCUGAGACCUGUGACUGCAACAAAGGAUAUUCACUGAACAGUACAAAUAUAUGUGACCCGAUUUGUUCAAGCGGAUGUCCGAAUGGUCGGUGCGUCGCUCCUGAAACCUGUGACUGCAACAAAGGAUAUUCACUGAACAGUACAAAUAUAUGUGACCCGAUUUGUUCAAGCGGAUGUCCGAAUGGUCGGUGCGUCGCUCCUGAGACCUGUGACUGCCUCAAAGUAUAUUCACUGAACGCUUCAAAUAUAUGUGACCCGGUUUGUUCAAGCGGAUGUCCGAAUGGCCGGUGCGUCGCUCCUGCGACCUGUGACUGCAACAAAGGAUAUUCACUGAAUAGUACAAAUAUAUGUGACCCGGUUUGCUCAAACGGAUGUCCCAAUGGUCGGUGCGUCUCUCCUGAGACCUGCGACUGCAACAAAGGAUAUUCACUGAACGCUUCAAAUAUAUGUGACCCGGUUUGUUCUAGCGGAUGUCCGAAUGGUCGGUGCGUCGCUCCUGAGACCUGUGAGUGCAACAAAGGGUAUUCGCAGAACGCUCCAAAUAUAUGUGACCCGGUUUGCUCAAGCAGAUGUCCGAAUGGGCGGUGCGUCGCUCCUGAGACCUGUGACUGCAACAAAGCAUAUUCACUCACCGCUCUAAAUACAUGUGACCCGGUUUGUUCAAGCAGAUGUCCGAAUGGGCGGUGCGUCGCUCCUGAGACCUGUGACUGCCUCAAAGGAUAUUCACUGAACGCUUCAAAUAUAUGUGACCCGGUUUGUUCAAGCGGAUGUCCGAAUGGUCGGUGCGUCGCUCCUGAGACCUGUGAGUGCAACAAAGGGUAUUCGCAGAACGCUCCAAAUAUAUGUGACCCGGUUUGCUCAAGCAGAUGUCCGAAUGGGCGGUGCGUCGCUCCUGAGACCUGUGACUGCAACAAAGCAUAUUCACUCAGCGCUCUAAAUACAUGUGACCCGGUUUGUUCAAGCAGAUGUCCGAAUGGGCGGUGCGUCGCUCCUGAGACCUGUGACUGCCUCAAAGGAUAUUCACUGAACGCUUCAAAUAUAUGUGACCCGGUUUGUUCAAGCGGAUGUCCGAAUGGUCGGUGCGUCGCUCCUGAGACCUGUGACUGCAACAAAGGAUAUUCACUAAACAGUACAAAUAUAUGUGACCCGAUUUGUUCAAGCGGAUGUCCGAAUGGUCGGUGCGUCGCUCCUGAGACCUGUGACUGCCUCAAAGGAUAUUCACUGAACGCUUCAAAUAUAUGUGACCCGGUUUGUUCAAGCGGAUGUCCGAAUGGCCGGUGCGUCGCUCCUGCGACCUGUGACUGCAACAAAGGAUAUUCACUGAAUAGUACAAAUAUAUGUGACCCGGUUUGCUCAAACGGAUGUCCCAAUGGUCGGUGCGUCUCUCCUGAGACCUGCGACUGCAACAAAGGAUAUUCACUGAACGCUUCAAAUAUAUGUGACCCGGUUUGCUCAAACGGAUGUCCCAAUGGUCGGUGCGUCGCUCCUGAGACCUGUGACUGCAACAAAGCAUAUUCACUCAGCGCUCUAAAUACAUGUGACCCGGUUUGUUCAAGCAGAUGUCCGAAUGGGCGGUGCGUCGCUCCUGAGACCUGUGACUGCCUCAAAGGAUAUUCACUGAACGCUUCAAAUAUAUGUGACCCGGUUUGUUCAAGCGGAUGUCCGAAUGGUCGGUGCGUCGCUCCUGAGACCUGUGACUGCAACAAAGGAUAUUCACUGAACAGUACAAAUAUAUGUGACCCGAUUUGUUCAAGCGGAUGUCCGAAUGGUCGGUGCGUCGCUCCUGAAACCUGUGACUGCAACAAAGGAUAUUCACUGAACAGUACAAAUAUAUGUGACCCGAUUUGUUCAAGCGGAUGUCCGAAUGGUCGGUGCGUCGCUCCUGAGACCUGUGACUGCCUCAAAGGAUAUUCACUGAACGCUUCAAAUAUAUGUGACCCGGUUUGUUCAAGCGGAUGUCCGAAUGGCCGGUGCGUCGCUCCUGAGACCUGUGACUGCAAUAAAGGAUAUACACUGAACGCUACAAAUAUAUGUGACCCGAUUUGCUCAAGCGGAUGUCCGAAUGGUCGGUGCAUAGCUCCGGAGAAAUGUGAGUGUUUCAAUGGAUUCCGGAAAUCAAAGACGGAAACUUGCGAACCAGUCUGUUCUAAUGGUUGCGUGAAUGGUCAGUGUAUAUCUCCAAAUACAUGUGAAUGCUUUGGAGGUUAUGCUUUGAAUAAGGAAAACGAAUGUGUACCUAUUUGUUCGACGGAAUGUCAAAACGGUACAUGUAUGGCGCCUGAAACGUGCCAGUGUUACAAAGGAUUUUUAAUGUCCUCACAUAAUCGAUGUGAACCAGUUUGCGAAGGUGGUUGUGUGAACGGUCACUGCAUUGCUCCCGGAGUUUGUAGCGUUCACUCAACAGAUUUAUUGUUCAGCACAAGCACUAGAGGUUCCGUUCUAACAACACCGUUGCCGGCAAGGGAAAGUCGAAUGUUUUCAUAUGAUAAUGACGACGACAGUGAUGAAGACUAUAACAAUAGUGGGGAUGGGAAAAAUGAUGGCGAGUAUUCUGGAGACAGCAGUAAAACAAAAGGAUUUUUUGAAGCUAAGUUUCGUUGCGGCAAUCGGUGUAUCCAUGGAACUUGUCAAGAUGACAGCUGUGUGUGCGACGACGGCUAUGUGCUGGAAGAACAAGAGGGCAAGGAUAUCUGUGUUGCCAUCACUCAUGCAAGCAGCACAUUUCUUAAACAUUUUAGAUUAUAUAUCAUACUGGCGGUGCUGUCAUUACCGCUGACAUUGUUAGUGUUGUGGGUUCUAUGUCGUAUCAGUUGUGAAAAGACGUACAAUGUAGCAAAAAGGGAAAAGCGGAUUGGGCUUAAAAACGUGGCUGGCAACGCAGACAUUGUUCGAGUACCUUAGUGAUAACGAGGACUUUUUAAUAAUUAUAUUUAUGUGUGUAUGUUAUCGUUGAGUUUGAAAUGAUCUUCAUAUUUGUUAUUAAGUAGUAUAAGUUAUAAGGAAAAAUUAAAGAGUGUGUCAAAAUUACUUUACUUCAAGUUUUAUAUGGUUAAUCUCAAGGACAGUUACUCUGAGGUAAACAUAUUAACACAUUAUUAUUAUUACAACAUAUUAUCCAAAGAAAAUAUGGAAAAUUAAUCUUGUGGAAUACGUUUAAGGAAGAAGUGUAAAAGCUCCUGGGUAAAUUUAUUUUAAAUUUAUUUUCAAAUUCAAAUAAUAAGUCUUAAUAUUUUCAAAGUUAGUUACAUCACAACUUCAUCAUACAAAGAAAAGCUCUUUAUUAUCACAUGUUCAAUCAGCUAUCCUCCCCAUCCUGCACAUUGAGGCCAUCUUCUUCGCCAGCGCCUGGCAUGACGAUGCCGAAUGUUGGAUUUUCUAUCAACCGCACGCCGUGCUUCUCGCGGAAGCGUCUCCGCGCAUAUUCGCGGUACACCAGUAUCAAGGCAAGUCCACAAAAAGCAACCAGUAGAAGCGUCAUUGUACAAAUGGUCCAGCGUGAAACCGAAACUCCACUAUAAUGUUAAACGAACCAUCAUUGCAGAGAAUUAAACAUUUGGAAAUUACGUAACAGUAAAACCAAAUUUAGUUUUUAAAAUAGUUUAUUUAUCUCACCUCGACGCUAUAUGACUCUCCGUAGAUCCUAACUCGGAAACACAUGCCCCACGUCGCUCGUUGUAAAUCAUUCCUUUUAUGCACUGACAUAUACCAUUGACAUCGCAUUUGCCAUUCAAACAAUUCCAUUCAUUGCAAUAUGCAACGCAAACCGGCAGGCCAGUGUCAUUGCUCAGGUUAAGGCGAUAACCGAGA